CGUCUUCACCAACUCCUACUCCCAUGGGACCUACUCAUGGCUCCCUCUCGCAUAAUCGUAGCCCGCCACGCUACUCGCAGGGACAGCGUCGACACUGCCUGGCGCCAGUCGUCGCCAACUCCCUAUGACCCUCCUAUCUCCGCAAAUGGCGCGCUCGAGGCCGACGCUCUCGGCCGUGCCAUCACCGCCGAAGUAGCGGCCGUCCUCGACAGCAUUCGCUCGUCGCCUGCGUCCACGCCCGCCGGCCCCUUCUCUGACUCCUCCACCCUCCUCUCGUCCUCGCCGGGCCUGACGGCUGCGUCCUCGGCAUCUUCUGUGUCGUCGCCACGUCUUUUACCCUCCCCCGCUUCUUUUCCCUAUCCCUCUUCCACCUCAUCCUCGCCCGUCCCCCCUACGCGCCCUCUCAAUGUCUACAUACACACGUCGCCGUUUCUGCGGUGUGCAAUGACUGCCAGCCAUGUCGCUGACCAGCUCACGUCAUCCCUGCCUUCAGUAUCAGUCAAGAUACGGAUAGACUCUUUCCUGGGUGAAUGGCUUACACCCGACUACUUUGCCAACUCAUGUCCGCCGCCAGAUGAUGGUCACUCUUCUCUGGCGGCCUCCUCAACAUCCUGGCUUCUUUCUCAUGGCGCUCAGCCUUAUCUUGACCUUGCUUGGCCCUUGGACGCAUUCGGUCGUUCGGGCGAGUACGGCGAACGGUGGCGCUCCAUGUACGCCCGUUUUUCAUCCGGGCUGUCGAACCUCAUAUCGAGCUACUCUGGUCCCGCAACCGCAGACUCCGUCGUCGUGCUGGUGACACACGGUGCUGGUAGCAACGCUCUUGUUGGCGCCAUCUCUGGAAAGCCAAUGCUGACAGAUUUCGGCCUGGCCAGUCUUUCUGUCGCCGUGCCGCACAAGUGUGGUGUGGAAGUUGACUAUUCGUCAAACUAUGGCUAUGGUGGUGAAAAACGAGACCGAGCAGGCUACGGUGUGCUGCCGCAUGAUGAUAUCGGAAAGGCUGUUGACGCAACAAAUCAGAUGAUUGGCAAAUGGGAUUUAACCCGUAUCGCUGACGACGCACACCUGAGCUUGCUCUCUGACGAGACGCAGCCGCGUCGCGACUCCUUUCCAAAGCCUGAUCUGUCGGCGCCGAAAUUUGAGCUGCGGACAUCUCGAGGCUCGAAGUCAUACAACUUGGACGAAUACGGAUUCUACGAGAAUUUCGUCUGAGUCAUAUGCUCUUGCUUACACACAAAAACUGCGCUUGGCGAAACUACUGUUGCCAAAAAGUCGUUCUUUUCUCUGCGAAUUUCUCUUCGAAAAAAAAAGGGAGUGUAUCGUUUAAUAUCUGGUUUAAUGUUGUUUUUGUUUACUUGAGAUUAUUUAAUCUGGACAUGACUUGCUUUGGGUUUCACUAUUUACGCGAGCGCUUUAAUGGGGUUUGCUUAUGGGUUUUGUUUUAUCGGGUAGUAAGGGAACAUUUGUUGUUGAAUCGAGUCUCAGUCAGAAUCUCGAUCAUCCUACUUCAUCGUUUUUUGCUAUUUUCCAUUUGUUCUGGAAUCGGGUAUGACUAGGGAGAAUUGAUUUUUCUCCCGCUUGGUGUGAUCAUUUAAAAAGCGAAUGCGUGGGAAAAUGACCUCGCAUUGGGCAUCAUUAAUGCAUAAUAAAACGCAUUGUAUACCUA